CCUGUCUCAAGACGAGGGUGCACAAGACAGCUCCUGAUUACAACUUCAUAAUGAAUACCCAAGACACAGAUAUGGUAAGUAAUUCUAAAUCUUCAUUCUUUUAUAUUUAAAAUCACGUGUUUUUUCAAAAUAUGAAUGCCUAUGGGGUUGUUUUAUCUCUAACUGUAAGGGUCUGUAGUAUAGACUGUGUACCAUAUGUUUUUGUGUUUAUUUUUAACAACGUAAGGGUCUAUUAUAUAGAGUCUGCACUGUUUGCUUCCGUGUCUGUGUGUUCUAAAAGUUACGUACUGACCAUAGCUAGUAAUGUUUUUAAUGUAUGCAAAAUCCUUAUCUAGCUCUAGGCAUUUGCGGCUCUUAUCCAUGUAUGUUGUUGUAUAUAUGUGUUAUGCUGAACUUAUCCGUGUAUGUUGUUGUAUAUAUGUGUUAUGCUGAGCUUAUCCGUGCAUGUUAUAGAAUAACAUUUUUAAAAUAAAUGAUACUACAGCAUUAACCAUUUCACUGUGGCUGUUAGACAUUUCACUGUGGCUGUUAGACAUAGAAACAUAGAAACAUAGAAUGUGACGGCAGAUAAGAACCAUUUGGCCCAUCUAGUCUGCCCAAUUUUCUAAAUACUUUCAUUAGUCCCUAGCCUUAUCUUAUAGUUAGGAUAGUCUUAUGCCUAUCCCACGCAUGCUUAAACUCCUUUACUGUGUUAACCUCUACCACUUCAGCUGGAAGGCUAUUCCAUGCAUCCACUACCCUCUCAGUAAAGUAAUACUUCCUGAUAUUAUUUUUAAACCUUUGUCCCUCUAAUUUAAGACUAUGUCCUCUUGUUGUGGUAGUUUUUCUUCUUUUAAAUAUAGUCUCCUCCUUUACUGUGUUGAUUCCCUUUAUAUAUUUAAAUGUUUCUAUCAUAUCCCCCCUGUCUCGUCUUUCCUCCAAGCUAUACAUGUUAAGAUCCUUUAACCUUUCCUGGUAAGUUUUAUCCCGCAAUCCAUGAACCAGUUUAGUAGCCCUUCUCUGAACCCUCUCUAAGGUAUCAAUAUCCUUCUGAAGAUACGGUCUCCAGUACUGUGUACAAUACUCCAAGUGAGGUCUCACCAGUGUUCUGUACAAUGGCAUGAGCACUUCCCUCUUUCUACUGCUAAUACCUCUCCCUAUACAACCAAGCAUUCUGCUAGCAUUUCCUGCUGCUCUAUUACAUUGUCUGCCUACCUUUAAGUCAUCAGAAAUAAUCACCCCUAAAUCCCUUUCCUCAUAUGUUGAGGUUAGGACUCUAUCAAAUAUUCUGUACUCUGCCCUUGGGUUUUUACGUCCAAGAUGCAUUAUCUUGCACUUAUCCACAUUAAAUGUCAGUUGCCACAAUUCUGACCAUUUUUCUAGUUUACCUAAAUCAUUUGUCAUUUGGCUUAUCCCUCCUGGAACAUCAACCCUGUUACAUAUCUUAGUAUCAUCAGCAAAAGACAUACCUUACCAUCAAGACCUUCUGCAAUAUCACUAAUAAAAAUAUUAAAGAGAAUGGGUCCAAGUACAGAUCCCUGAGGUACCCCACUGGGGACAAGUCCAAGCUUCGAAUAUAUUCCAUUAACUACAACCCUCGACAUUUCACUGUGGCUGUUUUGUCAAACAACUGAUUAGUGUCAUUAAUUGUAAAAUGCUGACAUAGUGUUCACGUAUUAAGCGCUCAAAUACUUUAUCACGUUUCAGGCAAAAAUUAGUCGGACAACAAAUGAAAACAGGUUUUACAGAAGGCUCACGGUCACCUCACAGGGUUGUAAGUUUUCUAUAUUAAGAAGUGUUUAAAAAUUAUACACGUUUAUGUUGUAGUCGUUUAUGCAUAAAAUAAACUAAGGCUCAUUGUAUUAUUUUAUUUAUUUAGAUCCUUUUAAUACUGGGGUAUUGGCUGAAAGACCCCUCAACAUACAUCCACGUGGACCAUUAAAAGCAGGUGUGUUAUUAUAUAAUGUUAUAUGCAGCUGUAUCAUAACCGGUUUUAUGCCUGUGAUAAUUAUAUUUCUAUUUAUUUUAGAAACAUCCAUAAAAAGUACAAAAACCCCAGUAGUUUCUAAUGCAUGUAGAGGCAUUAGUAGCUUACCAAUUGCGGAUCACCAUAGUAAGACAUACAGCGCGAAUGCCAGAGAAUGCAGGGACUGCAACUCGCAUAAAUUUAAACAGGGUGAGUAUAUGUAUGAGUUGUUUGUUUAUUUGUAAAUUUAUUUACCAAAUAAAUAUAGUAUGCAUACCUGCGUGACUGAUUUUAUUACCUGUAUGUACAUAGGUAUAUUAAAAUAUUCAUUUAUUUUUGUAUACAGCAUUAAAGUUGUCUAUAACUCGGAGCUGCUCUACAAGAGAUAUUCCAGUCACACGUAACGACGGACACAUGUCAACAUAUACCGCAGGGGUUUUAAGGCAGCACCCAUUUAGUGCGACAUGUGUAGGAAAGGAGCCUCUACAAAUACAGUCAUUAACUACAACAAAACACACGUCUCGGGGUAAGCCAGCAGUCAUAUCACCAGUCAAUGUGUCAGGGGGUCGACAUUUCACUGUAGCACCCAAUGUAUCUGUGAAACAUUCCAUUACCCCAGUAAAUGUACCUAUACAACCGAUCCCUAAGAAAAGUAGACCUGCUUUACAAGUCAUAACACAAACCAUCUGCAAUGAUAACAACAUAUAUAUAGGGACUACAUCAUUGACAUCCAGAAUUACCUCUGUAGAUGUGCCAACACCACCGCCACCUAAGGAAAGUAGAUCUGUUUUACAGGCCAUAACACAGGCUUACAGCAAAAGCACACACACAUAUACAGAGACCACAUCACCACUUGAUGCUAAAAAAUGUAUAUUGUGGUUCUUGCGUGUCAUUCCUUUAUGGCUUGAAGUCAAGGAUGUUGUACAACAUACAAACAAUGAAAUAUUCAAAAUAUUAAAGGACACUGCUCUUUUACAGUGCAGCAGGCCUCUUAGUCUAAAACUUUACGCUGCUAGUCAACCAUUUAGAAUUGGGCAUGCAUUGUUAUCCCAUGAUGGUCUUGACAGUCCAUUGAGCAUAUGUGGUGUUACACCAAACAUUAUAUUACCCCAUGACAACGGUUGUAAUUUAUUACCGUGGUUUUUUAAGGAACUUGAUUUUUGGUUAGCUUUAAGAGAAUUUAUUGACUCUGUGAUUAGUGAGAUUUGUAAAAUUACUAUUGUGACUGAUGAUGAGAUUAGACAAAGCACUUUUUUAGACCGUUUAGAAAGACUUGACCGUGCUACAGAUGCCUUUCGCUCAGGACUUAAUUUACUGAACCCUGCGUGCCUUGUCAUGGCUGGUCGGGGAUUAUUAUCCCGAGCCAAGAAAUGGGACAGACAGAGACGUAUAGCUAAGCGUCGUGCUAGAACCGUAAAAUGUGCCAUAAAUACAUUGAGAGGUGUAUUACGUUCUGCGAUGUCUAGGCAACGACGUAAGACCCCCUUAUGAUGCAGAUAAAUGUUUAACCCCUGUGAUACUUCCACCUGAAAAUGGCGUAGACACUCCUGGUACCCCUGUGACACCGCACACAAAUGAUACUGAAAUAGCUCCAUCGCCUACUGUGAGGAUCCUAUCCUGACAAGCAAGCCUUUUUGUUCCGUUAAUUCUGUUUCUUUAAAACAAAGUUCCUGCACUGGUUAUGUUUUACCACUUGUGGCUUCCUUGCCUCUAGUUCUGGAAACUCACCUUAUCAUCCUCACCUGCCUGGACUAAUUAGGUUCCUACAAAAUGUAACACCCAACUCAACUCCUUGCCUUGACAUUGAAGUUGAUGAUUGCCUGAAAGACUUCAAAUCCUGGCUCCUGUGUUAUAACCUGUGGACUUACCAUAUUGGCUUAAAAAUCUGCGUUACUUACCACCCUGCUCCAGACUUGAGUGAACAACUCUACUUACCUGCUUUAUCUACAAACCUGCACCAUUGCAGCCUGAACAACCCUACAUUCCUGCUUGACACCCAACUGGCUUAAUUCUAUACUGGACUUUAAUUUAGUAUUACUUUGUGGCUACCUGCGUUACUCCUACAUUGGAUUUACAAACAUUCCAGAUAAUAUUGGUAUCAAUCAGAAAAGACCUGUUACUGCAGUACAAGCUCUAAUCCAAAGAGACUGAACAACUAAA